AUGACAACCGUAGCCAUCCUUCCAGAAGGCUAUCCUGCAGAAUUGACGGGCUACGCCGAUCCAUGGAUCGCUUCUCCUGGCGGCACUGUCGAGAUCAAGGUCUCGUGCACAGAAUCAUCUUACAAGUAUCGUGUCGUUCGCGUCACGCAGGGCGUUGAUGUAGAAAACUCGCCGGCAAAGCAAAUCCAUCCCAUUGAUGGAGUCCCAGAGGGCGAGACAAAGGGACGAUUCCAGCUCGCAAAGCCAGGCUCUUAUGCCAUAAUCAAAGACUGGCUUCCGGCCCCGGCCUCGGGUGUCAUGAUUUCUUUCUACAUGCAGCCGUGGGUGCCGGUUUGGAAUCAUGCGCAGGUUCCCAUUUCCAAUCUCGACGUCAACAAUAAAUCGGGAUUCGCUGUGGUUGUGGGAGAAGCUGGAAAACUCGAGUUCUGGAUUGGCACUGGCUCCAAGAUUGAGGUCAUUCCAACGGGAUACUCCCCGGAAAAAAAGAUGUGGACUCGGGUCAGCUUGACCAUCGAUGGCACGAAGUUGUCCAGUUCUAUUCAACCAAUCCCUCUCUUUGUGACACCGAGUGAGAGCAAGCCCAUUGUCGUAUCGCAUAUGCUACGAGACCCUAUAUCAUUGGCAGUUACCAGCAAGCUACUCUUUGGAGCUUGUUUCGCGAAUGGGUCGGCUACGACUCCGUCUGCCGUUCCAACGAAUUUCUUCAAUGGCCGUAUUGACUCGCCUACAAUUAUGCUAGUUGAGCAGGGUGCGGAACACCCGCUACUUAGAUUUGACUUUUCUGUCAACAUGUCCAGUGACUACAUCCACGAUAUCUCAGGACGGGGACUCAGGGGGACACUCAUCAACGCACCAACACGCGCCGUGAAGGGUUACGAUUGGGAUGGCACAGAGGUGGAUUGGACCAGAGCCAAAUAUGGCUACGGCGCAAUCCACUUUCACGAAGACGACCUCGACGAUGCGGGGUGGGAGACAGAUUUGACCAUCAAGAUUCCCUCGACAUGUCGAUCGGGGGUAUACGCUGUGGAAAUCGAAACGAUCGAUGGCAGAAGAGCCAAUGAUUCUAUCACUUUCUUCGUACGACCGAGCGAGUCGGACUGGACACAGAGGGGUGGGAAAGUGGCGUUUGUGCUAUCGACGUUUACAUACUUGGCCUACGCGAAUGAGCAUCUUUGGGAAACGUCGCGUCGUUCAGCCAUCGACAUUGGUCCCGGUUUCGACCCAAACGACGUAGCUCAAAGUGACGACUUAGACAAGCUGAGACGACGCUUCGACCUAGGUCUCAGCACGUACGAUGUGCACAACGACGAUUCGAGUGUGAUAUACUCAUCCUGGAAACGGCCGAUUCUCAAUGCUCGCCCGGGAUAUGUUAUGUGGGCGUUCAAGAGGCCUAGGGAGCUAAGUGCUGACCUGAUGAUGAUCGGGUUCCUUGAGCGUGAGGGCAUUCCGUACGAGGUACUAACGGAUCACGACCUGCACCGUUUCGGCGUAGACUGCAUAUCCCGCUUCAACACCGUCAUCACAGGCUCUCACCCAGAAUACCCGACGCUCGAGUCGUACAUGGCCUACAAGGCGUUCGCCGCCCAGGGUGGGAACCUCAUGUAUCUCGGCGGCAAUGGAUUCUACUGGGUCAGCGCCGUGUCCGGAGACCCGUCACGCAUGCAUCGUCUUGAGAUUCGUCGUGGAGAUCAGGGCGUACGAACUCACACAGCGCCCGGCGGCGAGCGAAUCAACGCGACUAACGGCCAGCUUGGGACGCUGUGGCGAUCUCGUGGGAUGCCAUGCAAUGUCCUCUUUGGUGUGGGGUUUUCCGGCGAAGGUGUUGCACCGGGUGUACCGUACCGGCGAACGGCAGAAGGGAGGCGGUGCGAAGAGAGCGAAGGGGAAGUCUACAGCAAAAGCAACAUAGACAACACCGCACCACCGUCGUCGUGGAUCUUCCGCGGCAUCAGUCCCGAUGAGCUCAUUGGUGAAUUCGGGCUGGGCGGCGGUGCGAGCGGAGAUGAGAUAGACAGGUUCGGUAUUGACAACGACAGCCAUCCGAGCGUCAAGGUGCUAGCAUCGAGUACCGGUCACUCGGACGAGUUUGGUAUCGCGCCAGAGGACACCUCGUUUCCCAUAAAGAAUGUCCUUGGAACGCAGAACGACAAUAUACGGUCUGACAUGACAUACUACGUUACUUCAGGAGGCGGUGGAGUUUUCUCAGUUGGUAGCAUCAACUUCUUCUGUUCGCUUGGGUGGAUGAACUACAGAAAUAAUGUUGCCCAAUUGGUGAGAAACGUAAUCACAGGCUUCUUGGAGGGGAGGCGAUGA